UGGGCGGCGAUCGGGACCGGAGGCCUGGGGCAGUUGCCGUGCCCGUGUUUCGCCGUCCCCCUCCGCCUGGACCCGUGUCCACUUUGUCUAGCCCCCUCCCCUCUCGCCACCUCGCCACCUCGCCACCUCGCCACCUCGCCACCUCGCCAUCGCUCUCCGUCCCGGUCUCUCCCCCCAUCCAUCCCCCAUCGCUCGGCGUCUACUCCUGAUCCGCGCUUCAUCAUGAUUGAUAGCCAGACAAAGAAGGAGGUCGAGAAGGUGUCGCUUUUGACCAGCCGGGCCGGGCCAUUGGAGCUCGACCAGUGGCCGAACCGUCUGGCCGAGGAGUACCAGUCCUUGAUUCAGCUCGUGAACUUCAACAAGGAGUCCGAUGCAGACUUCUUCUCCAUCGAGGCCAAUGAGGCCGGGACCAUCUGGACCGGCACGGCCUGGCACAUCCACAACAGCGUGCGGUACUCCUUCGCCAUCGAGCUGGUACUCUCCAUCUCGUACCCCUUCUCCCCGCCGGAGAUCCGAAUCCCCGAGCUGGACGGCCUCUCGGUGAAGAUGUACCGCAACGGCCUCAUUUGCACGAGUUCCCACUUUGAGCCGCUCUGGCGGAAGAAUGCCCCGAAGUUUGGCAUCGCCCACGCGCUCACCCUCGGCCUCAAGCCCUGGCUGUCGGUUGAAAUCCCACUCCUGGUCGAGGAGGGGAAGAUCACCCCCAAGUAAUGGACACACCCAUUCCAGGCCGCAAGUGCGGAUCCCCUCCCCUGGAGCCAUAUCCUGCGAGCA